AUUCCGCACACGGGUUGCGAGGAGCUCAAAGACGAGAGUUUGAUUCCCUACUGGGAGCACACACCACUCCAAAUUCCCGACUGGGAGCGCUUUUCACUGCUGAAUUUUCCCGCGUUCCUUUGCCACUCUAUCUAGUCUUCGUUUCGUCCCUCGCAUACCCCGGAUCUAUUAAUCUAACGCCACGAUGAACGGCGCUGCGGGCGCGGGGCCGCAAAAGAAGUCCACGGGGAACGAUAUUGGCGAGAAGCUGCUGCAGGGCUGGGCGAUGCUCGCCAUGCACUGCCCCGUGUGCUUCAACCCCAUCCUCCGCAGCAGGGCGGGGGAGAAGCGGUGCGUCGUUUGCGACCUGCCUGUUCUAGAGGAAAGCGAUGCUCCGCCCCAGAUGACGUCAGCAGCUCGCCAGUCAGCACAGCAGGUGACGUCAGCAGCAGUACAAGAGCCAGCUCAGCAGCAGCGGGGAGGAAGGAGCGAGGAAGGUGCCGUAGGGUGGGAGCAAGAGGAGGAGGAAAGUAAAGGCCGGGAAGGCGGAGGGGUGGCAAGGGCAGAUGGGGAUGGGCUUGUAUCGAGUAUGCCAUUAGGGAGGAUGACUGGAGCGCAGCAAAGACAGGAUUCGCCGCCCAGCGCCACUGUAGCAACUGUAACUCCUGCCACCAUUCCAGCCUCAACUCCUGCCACUGCAGCAACAGCAGGAGCAGCUCCUGUGGCUCCUACCAGUGCUACUGGCGCUACUGGCGCUACUGCCGCUACUGCCGCUACUGCCACUACUGCUGCUACUGCCACUGCCAGUGCCCCGGGUGCACCUGGCACAUCAUCACCACCCGAACCCGCCUUGCCGCUGGGCGCUUUGAACGCAGCUGCUAAUGACGCCCUCACUGCUGCUCUGCGGUCUGUCAUCAGCCAAUUACAGAGAGCUCAGAGGGCUUUGGAUUGCACCUCCGACUUACAGCAGACACAACAGCUGCUUGUGAUCAUAUCCGAGUGUGCAAGGGCCAUCAAGGAAAUCCAGCCAUUGGUUCGGCCAUCGUGAAAUGAAGUGAAGAUCCAAGCACCUACCGCAUCUCAACCCUGUGCUGUGCUGCACCGGCUGACAAACCUCAACUGGGCGUAAUAGCAUGUAACACUCACUAAUAUAAUUUUUGGAAGGGU